AUGGUUAAAGAGUCGUCAUCUAGGAGAUCGAUUAGUAUGCAGUCAAUAUACGAGAGGGUCCAGUCCCUGGCUUCCGGCAAUGCGGUGGUGAUCUUCACCCUCAGCGGCUGUUGCAUGUGCCACGUCGUGAAGCAGCUCCUCUUCGGCCUUGGGGUCGGCCCCACCAUCGUGGAGCUCGACCGCGACGCCCACGGCCGCGAAAUCUACGACCUCCUCUUAAACCUGCCGGGAUCCGUCCCCGGCCAGCAGCAGCCCGUCCCGGCGGUGUUCGUCGGCGGAAGAUUCUUGGGCGGGAUCGACACUGUCAUGGGUUGUCAUAUCAAUGGCACCCUCGUCCCUCUCCUUAAAGACGCCGGAGCUCUCUGGCUCUAAGCCACCCUCCCAUCGAUACCCUUUUGCAUUUGAGAGCUCAAAAGAUGUCCGCCAUCUUCACAACCUCUGUUUUGCUACUUAGUAUAGUACGUAUGUAGGAGUAUUAUAUUUCUUUUUAGUUUCUAGCACUGAAAUAUAACAUAGGGAUUUUAAUUAAUUUCAUGUUCAAAUGUAAUUCUCCCUCUUAUGUUAAUCAAAUUCUUUUUUUCUUUAAUUUUAA